UAAUUCAAUAGAAUUUUACAUAAGUUUAUCAACAUUCAGGUGUAUAUUUGAAGACCAAUACACAGUAGCAGUCAACCUUAUCUAAUGGAGCUCCUCUUAGAAAUAAUUUAUCAGUUACCUUAGACAGGUGACAAGUGAAGAUAUAAAUAAUGUAUUAGAUAUAAAGCACCAAGUAAUUGUGCUCCAGACCAUCUUUUUUAAAAGAAUUAUCCAAGCAGUGUUCCGGAUAUAACUGGUGCUUGUACACUAUAUUUUAAUUCCUUGAAGAGUUUAAGAUGCCAAACUCUGACAGUGUGAAAGUAGCAGUACGUGUCAGACCUUUCAACCAGAGAGAGAAAGAUGCAGGCAGCAGAUGUGUGAUUUCUAUGAAUUCCAGCACAACAAGCAUACAUGAUCCUAAAAAUCCAAGUCAUAUAAAGUCCUUUACCUUUGACCUGGCAUAUUGGUCACACAGUGGAUUUUUAAAGGACAAAGAUGGCAAGCUUGUUUCAUCUGGACCGAACAGCAGAUAUGCUGGGCAGGGACAUUUUCAUGACCUUGGUGAGGGAAUUCUGGACAAUGCUUGGCAAGGUUACAAUGCCACUCUUCUGGCUUAUGGUCAGACCGGCUCAGGGAAGAGCUACUCAAUGAUAGGCCAUGGUGCAAACAGAGGCAUAAUUCCAGUCAUAUGUGAAGAGCUGUUUAAAACGAUUCAAAAUCAAGACACAAAUAAACAAUAUCAGAUUACAUUUAGUAUGCUGGAAAUAUACAAUGAACAGGUAAUAGAUUUGCUGUCUAAAACAAAAAAGUAUGGUGGACUCAAAGUUAGAGAAGACCAGCAGCAAGGCUUCUAUGUAGAUGGUUUGGAACUGGUGCCUUGUGAUAGUUAUGCUCAAAUUGAGAGGCUCAUGGAGCAAGGCACCAAAAUAAGGACCAACGCUUCAACCAGCAUGAAUACCACCAGCAGCAGGUCUCAUAUGGUCAUCACCAUUCAUUUUAAACAGAUUUUUCUGAAAGAUGAAAUCACAAAACAGUCCAUUAUAAAUCUAGUGGACUUGGCAGGGAGUGAAAGGCAAAAGUCCUCCGGAUCAGAAGGCGACAGACUAAAAGAAGGAACAUGUGUAAAUCUGAGUUUGACCACCUUGGGAAAUGUCAUCAGUGCUCUGGCUGAAGCUGCCAUGGGAAAGAAAGUGUUGCAUGUCCCAUACAGAGAUUCAGUUCUUACCAAACUUUUGCAAUCCGCAUUGGGAGGAAACAGUAGAACUAUAAUGAUUGCAGCAAUUAGUCCAGCAGACAUAUGCUAUGAUGAGACAUUGUCAACUUUGCGGUACGCUGAAAGGUAGAUUGAUUUCACUUCCUGUAAAACGAAUGGAACAAAAAAAAUAAAAAACCAGGCUGUGAUAAAUUCAGGAACAACAGCAAAACUGAUAAAUGAUCUCAAGAUGGAAAAUUGUAAUUUGUUGUCCAGAUUGUCCAGCCUUGGGAAUUCUGGGAAAACAGUGGUAGACGAAACAAAAGAGCUUCGUUCUCUGCUGGCGGAAAAUGAACUACGGAUUCAAGCUAUUCAAGCAACUUGGGAAUAUCGUCUGGAAGAAGCCCGGAAAGAAUGGGAACAACAAUAUGCAGCAAUCACUCAGGAGAGACAGAUGAUGGAAACUUUUCCGUAUCUUGUGAAUAUUAAUGAAGACCCUCAACUUUCAGGAGUUCUGAAGUAUUUCAUUCAAGAGGGGUCUUCUGAGGUUGGCCAAUCUCUUUCAAACGCAAUCAUCCUCAGAGGUUUGGGCAUUUUGGAUAAACACGCAACAUUCACGUACACCGAUGGCAAAGUUACUGUAUCUCCUUGGGAUAAAUGUAAGGUCAUUGUGAAUGGAGUACCCAUUGUGGUGAAAACUAAACUUCAGCAUCUGGACAGGCUAAUUUUGGGAUCAAACAGUGCAUACCUCUACAUUGGCCCUCCAAUCAACCGCACCUGUGAGGAUCUGAGCAGAUAUGAUUACGACUUCAUUCAAUCAGAGCUGGCAGCUGCCAAAGGCUUCAGUGUAGACAAACUUGGUGCUGCAAACAGGAAGGAUGGCAAGCCAGAUCCCAGUGUCCUUGCUGCAUUCCAUGAUUAUAUUAAGUUGAUGCCAUUGGUUGCUGAAGCAAAUCAGAUGAGUAUAGAGUUGAAGAAGGACCUAAAGUUAGAACUGAAAGUGAAAAAUCUAGCAUCCUCGGACUCUAGAGGUUAUGACCUGCAAAAAGAGAUCAUAAUUAAAGUAGAACACAAAGUUACUAACCAGGUAUGGAUUUGGUCAAAACCCAAGUUCAUCAACAGAAAAUUCUUAAUGGAAGAGCUUUACCGGCAGUUUUUAAAUGGAGAAGAUGUACAAGUUGACAAAGAGAGUGAUCCAUUUUGGGAUCCUGUGGAGGCAAUUCAUCUCGGAUCUGCUCAUAUCUGGCUCCAAUCUCUUGCGUAUUGCAUGAAGCUUGAGGAACAAAUAGAACUUCUGAAUUCUGAAGGAAUGGAGGAAGCAAUCCUAUUGAUCAACAUUAUCCCAUGUAUGCAAAACGGGAGACCUUUGACAGAUGAUGAUAUGAUUAUUGACCCUUUGGAAUUGCUGGGCAAAAGAAUUGAUUUCCAGAUUCACAUUUUUCAGUGCCUUGGAGUUAAAUGGAUUAAAGAAUUUGCCCAAAGGGGAAUUCAAAUUGGAUAUAAAGUUUAUGAUCUCCCACAUGUAUUAUACACAAAACCUGCUUGGAAAAACGCAAAUCCUAAAAUAGAAGAAUUGAUUCAAUUUUCAUCCAUGAAGGUUUCCCAAGAUUUUUUGAAUUAUCUACAGAGAAAUGCUUUAAUUGUUGACUUGUGGGGACUUCAAGAAGGAUGUGCAGAAUUGUGUUCUACUGAGGAAGGCAUGGCUGUCAUUAGCGAAGGCUCAUAUAUUAUCGAUAAUCCAAAAGCGGGGAUUUUAAUACGAGGUGAUCUGGAUACAGAAAGCCAUAUUGCUGAACUUUAUCAAAAGCUGUUAAAACUAGAACAAGAGACUGAAUUACUUAGAGAUAUUAAUAGAUCUCUGACAGAGGAAAACAUACAUCUGAAGGCUAAACUGAAAGAAUAUGAGGCAGAAACCCAUUUCUGUAAGAUCUUAAAAUCUCCUUCAAAACUCCACGUUAAUAAGAUAAUUUCAGCAGCAUCAAGAGAUAGUCGCACAGUGUGCAGCUCUCGGGUCAGCUGUGAUGCUGAAUUUGCUAAAGCUCUCAAAUCCUUCUACCAGAAAAUGAAUGUGAUCAGAGGACAGUUCUUAAAACUACAACACUACAGAGCCCCGGAUGAAGAUAACAUCCAACUACUUCGACUUUUUACUGAGAGACAAUCACACUUGUUGAAGGAUUUUGGAGAACAACUUGAGUCAAGUAUAAGUAAACUGAAAAAUGAUGUUGCCUUAAUAGUUAAGAAGAACGAGAGGCUAGGUUACAGCAAGGCAUUAAGUGAAUGUGGUUUACCAAGUAAAAUAUUAAGUGAGUUGGAAAUUAAAUCACUUUCUCUUUUAUUGGAAUCAGACUUUCUUAGCUCUCUUUAUCAGUACCACAAGUCCUAA